AUGAAAUCUUUCUUACUUCUAUAUCUAGUAGCCAUACAUACUCUAAGUAUUAAUGGUCUCUUAGAUUUUAAAAAGAAAACUCAAGUAACAACUACUGACCAUCGUGUCCUUGCUAAUGUCAAAAUCUAUUCAAAUCUUGCUGAAGUCAUUCAACCACUUGGCUUAUUACCAAUCGAAUUUUCAUCUGAAGAUUGGAAUGAUAUUCGUUCGGAUUCAAUAACACUUGUUGGUACUGAUGUCAAUGUAACACAACAAUCAAUUACUGAAAAGAAAAAAUCACUUAACAAUGCUCAAGUUUAUGUUCGUUCACCAUCAUCAUCAAAUACUGAAACAAAAUUUAUUAAAGCAACAAUGAUUGAUGAAAAAAGAAAUUUAGUUAAACUUAUUGAUAAAGAUGUUAGUAAAGAACCAAUCUUUUUUACUGCUCAAUCAGACCAUAUUCUUUAUGAUGCUGACCCACCUCAAACAAAAUAUUAUGUUAAUUUUACAUAUGAUACAAAUAGUCCAGUUGAAUUAAGUUAUCUUCGUUCAAAUCUUAACUGGAAAACUCGUUAUCAAUUGAAUUUAUUUGAGAAUUCAAAACCUGCAACUCUUAGUGCUAUGGCUGAUAUUCGAAAUGAUGGACAAUCAAGAGUUGAUAUUGAAUCUGCAGAACUUUUAGGUGGUGAUAUUAACUUACAGAUGUAUCAAAGAUCGCAAUAUAUGCCAAUGAGCGCUGCCAAGGGCUAUGCUGCGUACGAAGCAGACAAUGCAGGUGCUCCCGGUCCACCACCCAAACCAUCGGUUGGAGAAGGAGAAGAAAUAUCCGGUUUAUAUGUAUUUUCUAUUAAUCAACCAUUUUCAAUUGAUGCUAGAACAAAUUAUCUUUUACCAAUGUUUCGUCCACGUGUAACUGUAGAACGAUAUGCUUCAAUUUCAAAAUACUUCUAUGGUGCUGGAAAUGUAAAUGGUAAAGCCGAACGUUCAUAUCGUCUUUCAGCUGAUCGUUUUCUUUCACGUGGUAAUUGUGUUAUACGUGAAUCUGAUCGUCUUGUUGGUGAAACAUCCUUACCAGAUAUAGCUGCUAAAAAUAAACAUGAAUUUUCAAUUGGUCAAGAUGCUGAUAUAGUUUACAAAGAAAAUUCAACAUUAGUUUCUUCAACUACGUCUAAUGUAACAUCUUCACCUUAUGGUCCAAAACAAUCACGAACACAUUCAACUUAUGAGGUUGUUUUGACAUUGAAAAAUUACAAGAAGAAUCGUUCAGUUAAAGUUGAGUAUCAACAGAACGUCUAUGGUCAAUCAGUAAAAUUAACAAAACCUAAUGCAUUGUUUACACAAGAAGGUUCGGCAAUCAAAGCUACAUUUACAUUAGCAUCUGAUGAAGAGAAAUCAGCUUCAUAUAAGUUUGAAGUAGUCAACUAA